AUGUUGGGAGCACAGGCUUUACGUACCAAACAGGUUAGUUAUUUGGAAUUUUGCUAUGAAAAUUGUGUCAAGAGGUGUGUUUGCUGACGUGUUUUGUGUAGGUCAAAUAUUGUACGAAAAUGCACUAUCUUGAUUUACAAAAUAUGCGUCAGCAAACCUUUUACGUCAACUAAACCUGUUGACGCACCUUUUGUAGAUUCAAUUUUUGACCUCCAAACUACGAAAUUCGCGCCAAUCAAACCCCUUGUUGACGCCUUUUCCCAUCAUCUAAAAAUAGCUCGACAAAAAGCGGAAUGCACGUAAAUCCUGUUGAUUUAUAUCUUCCUUUCGCCAAUUUUUCAUCCAUUCUGGCUGGCGCCGUUCCAAAGAAAAUAAUAUGAGAAAACAGAAAAAAAUACCUAUAGGUUUUAUGAGAAAAAGACAGAUGACGCUCAUUUAGACUAACUCGCUGAAAAUAGAUUUUUUUUCCAGAAAAAAAAUUGUUUAUAGUAUAGUAUAGUAGAGUAGAUUUUCGAGGCCAACGGGAAAAAUGACGUGACUUUGCUUUUUGUCGGAAGUUUUGGCGUAUCCGGCUUGGGUGGCUCUGAUUUUUGACACUAAAAUGAGCCAGUAGACUUUGAGCUUGAAGGGACUAAACUUGCCACGUGGCAAUUUUAGGAGAAAAAUCCCCGAGUUUUCCAGAAGGCUGAACGUAAAGAAAAGGAAAAACGUCAUCGUGAGCGACUUCGAAGUAUUGAAAUGCAACGAAAUCAAAUUCACAAAGCGGCAUGGUGAGUUCAAGAAGUUUCCUGUGUAGUUCUCUCGGAGAAAUUUUCAAUUUCAAAAAUUCGAAUCUCGAAAAUAAAAAUAAAGAAAAGGCAGUGUGAAAAAGAUUGAUGUCUUUUUUCUUUUUAUUACGAAAACGCAUCUGUUUGAUUAAAUUUUUUCUGCUGUUUUGAAAAAUUGGCGGGUAUCAGGAAUCGAACCUGAGCUAAAUUUUUUGAAUGUAGAUUGGAAGACGCGAGCUUAACCAUCUCUGAACUUUACUCAAAUUCGACAUUUCAAUAAAAAUGUUGCGAAAAGCUUUGUCUUUUCUUUUUCUUUUCGAAGCACGACGAAAAAAAUUGAAUUUCACCCGUGAUUUCUGAUGUUUCUUGUCUUAAAAAUUCUCGACAAGAAGAAACUCGUCAUUUUUCCGCCUUCUCCAGAAGAAUCCCGGGGGGAAAAUGAAAAAUUUUUCAUUUUUCCUCCCCUCAAAAUUCCUCUUUCGCUAUUACAAGGGAACCAAUUUUCUCUUCUCUUUGUUUUUCAGUUUCCACAUUUUUUUUUGGUCAUUCAUUCAUUCAGAUCUCUGAAAAUGAGAAAAAAAGUGUGUUUACUGAAAACUGGCUGAAACCACCAUAAAAACUGAAAAAACAAAUAACAAAAAAAAUGAGUAAAAACAGGGGAAAGAGGAAAUACUUGAGAGAUAAUGGGACCAAAAAUCGAGUUUUUCGAAUUUUUUCGAUUUUGGUGGGAAGUGGGCGGAGCUUGAAUGCAAUUCCCACAUGGUUUUUCUCAAACCCCGCCCACAAAACCAUGCGGAACCUAAAAAUCAUGAGAUUUCGGCCUGAAAACUCGGGAUUUUCGCACAAAAUCGUGAUUUCUCAAUUUUCAGCGAAGAAUCAGCCGCCCAAUUCGUCGAAAUCACCGCGAAUCCGCCGAUGAAAGUUCGUAGCCUAAGUGUUUGUAAAAACGGUAGUGCUGAGCAAAUGUAUCUCGUGAGCUUUUGUGUUUUUUUUUUUUUUGAGUUUUGGUGCAAUUUCGGCCCAAAAAUAGCUGAAAAUCAUCCAUUUUCGUGAGAAAAAAACGCAGAUUUCAUGACAGGUGACCACAAAACAUCGUCACAGUGUGCACAGCGGUGCGACUCCACAUCUUCAGGUGCGAUUGACGCAGCACAGAAAUAGUACGAAUGGAAGUCGCGAGGGAUUCGAGCCACUUGAGCCAAAUGUGAGUUUUGUUUUUUUUCGAGCGCGGAAAUGCGCAAGCUUCCGCGUAGCGGAAAGACUCGUGUCUAGCUUCUCUGCAUCUAUAUGAUCUUUAGUGUGAUAGAGCUAGAGAUCAUGGGAAAUCUAGAUACGCAGAGAAACCAAACAGCUGAAGAGAACUAGUUAGAGACGCAGAAGCACUGCGUCUUUAACCUUUUGGUAACCCUGGUUGUCCAACUUCUCUGCGUCUCUGACUUUCUCUAGUCGAGCGGAGCGAGUGUAAUCCGCAAACUUCCACUGUCUGCGUCUCUAACCCCAAAUUUUCGUCGCAGGACCUCGGCCCACAACGCUCCACAUCCUCAGACUACUGUCGUGCCGACAAAAAGCACUCGAUCUCAAACACAACUCGCCUCCUAAAAUGGCUCGGAAUCUCGGAUUCGGCUCCGCCACAAAAUCAGCAGCGAGAUGUCGAAAUGUCGCGAAAACCAAUGUCCAAACGACGAAUGUCGACUUUCACUUGA